AUGGCUUCCACUGGUCUUCAAGGAGAGCCCGACUUGAGCUACCGUCCAGGUAGCCAUGUAGACGAUAUCGAGAAAUCCUCUACUGUUCAGAAAGGUGAUGAUUCUGUGAAGGUAGUUCGGGCCGACUUUUCCUACCAGGAUACCGGGAAGAUUCUUCGCAAAGUGGAUCUGCACCUUAUUCCACUCUUGAUGUUGUCAUAUUUACUCAAGAACCUCGACGUCAACAUGAUUUCUUACGUCAAGAUCAUGAACUCCGGCGAGCCCACUAAUGCUCUUACCCAGCUUGGUAUGUCGACGAACGACUGGGCAUGGAAUAGCACGGUGUACACGAUCACGUUCGCGCUGUUCGAACUUCCGUCGAAUAUGAUGCUGAAAUGGUCCACCCCCCGACUUCAUUAUUUCCGCAUAAUUUUGCUCUGGUCAGCUGCCACUGCCUGCCAAGCGGCAGCAAAGAAUGCAGGUGGCCUUCUCACAGCUCGGGCUUUUAUGGGCGUCUUUGAAGCUGGGCUGCUACCAGGUAUACUUGUCCAGAUGACUAUGUGGUAUCGCCCCGACGAGCUAUCCGUCCGGAUGGUUCUGAUUUCCAUGCUGGGGUCAUUUUCCGGAAUCAUCUGUGCUUUGAUGGCCUAUGGAUUGGCCUACAUUGACGGCCGUGGUGGACUUUCCGGAUGGCAAUGGGCAUUCAUCAUCGAGGGUGUAAUGGGUGUCAUCCUCGCCGCUUCCAUCUACUUUCUCCUACCCGACUACCCAGAUUCUGCUCCCUCUUUCCGUCAAUUUCUCACUCCAGAGGAAGGUGCAUUCCUCGUCUCACGCUUACCUCCGAACGCAGCGAGACAGUCGGACGAGACAUUUUCAUGGAAGGAAUUCAGGGCGGCAGUGGAGGAUCCGUUGACUUGGGGAUUCGGAUUUAUGAUGUUGUUUGAGCUAAUCGCAACGGCUGGGUAUUCAUUAUGGCUUCCAACUAUUAUCGCUGGGUUUGGCUUCACCACGACCCAAAGUGCACAGCUUCUCAACAUCCCGCCCGCGGUCGUCUAUAUCGCUGCCACCCUGACCAUGGCCUACAUCGUCGAUAAUACGUACCGCUUCCCCCGACCGGGCUAUCAGAUCAUAUCAAUGUUCGCCCUCAUCGGCUUCUUUGUUGGUCUUACUGUCCUAGAUACAACGCACAAAGCUGGCCUCUACACGCUCAUUCUCCUCACGUCUAUCCCACAUGCUGCCUUUGGCGCAAUCAUAUACCCGUGGCGCAGUCAAACUGUGAAGGGAAGUACAUAUGCUGCUGUUGCAUAUGCCGUGCAAAAUUCGAUCGGUCAGUUGGCCAGCGUGUUUUCGGCGCAGAUAUGGCGUUCAAAAUAUGCUCCGAGAUAUACCAUUCCUUUCAUCGUCUGUGAAAUAUUCUUCGCCCUCACCCUCGGCGCUAUUCUCUUUACUUGGUACUUCUGUCGUGACACCGAGCGCGAGACACGUCGGGUUGCAGCUGCGAGGCAUGAGGCUGGUAAGCAGACGGGUGAGGUAUUGGAAGAAGAUGUCCAUGUGGGGAGACUUUAGGCUGAUAUUCUUUGCGGGUCCUUCUUCUCUUUUUCUGAGAUCUCUCAUUACAUUCUCCAUUCUCGUUUCAUGCACUCAAUUU